AUGCUACGCAAGGUAUCCGUGUCAUCUAUACAUAUGCAUAUGCGAGCUUGCGAGCAGUGCGAAGCAGUGCCACCGCGUGGAGUACUGAAGUUUGUUUUUGACGUACUCUUAAAAGAAUUGUAUAGACAAUUGUAUUUUCAUAUUAUUAAUUAUUAAUAUUCUUACUUUCAAUAUAAAAUGCAAGACCCAAACGAAGAUACCGAGUGGAAUGAUGCCUUGAGAAAGCAAGGAAUUAUUCCUGCAAAAGAAAAGGAGAAAGAAAUCACAGAGGAUCAAAUUGUCGAUCUCUUGGAAAGUACAAUCGAUAAAAAACUUGGCCGAGCUAGCCAUAACGCGGACAGUCUAACACUCGAUGAGCUAGAUGAACUUGAAGAUGAAGAAGACGAAAAAGUGCUGUUGGAAUACCGGAGAAAGAGGAUAGCUGAAAUUAAAGAACUUACGGAGAAGGCAAAAUUUGGCGAAGUUAGAGAAAUAUCAGCACAAGAUUAUGUUCAAGAAGUUAAUUGUGCCGGAAAAGAGAUUUGGGUUGUUUUACAUCUCUACAAGCAAGGGAUCCCCUUGUGUUCUCUACUGAAUCAACACUUGACAUCUUUGGCUAGAAAGUUCCCAGCGACGAAGUUUUUGAAAAGCAUCUCUACAACUUGUAUUCCAAAUUGGCCGGACAGUAAUUUGCCAACGAUUUUCAUCUAUAACAACGGAAACAUGGUUAAGCAGUUCAUUGGUCCAAUUGAAUUGCGUGGAAUGAAGAUCACUGAAGCAGAGCUAGAAUGGUUACUGGGCCAAGCGAAAGCAGUCCCCACAAAGAUAAGUGAAGAUCCGAGACCAAAGGUACGUGAUGUACUAUUUUCAACUUUGAAGGAUCAAAACGAUGAUCUUGCCGAUGACAACGAUUGGUGACAGAGCUACUUGAUUUCGAUUUUAACUUCACACAAAUUACGAAAGAACAGAUUUUAUCUAACAGAAUUUAUAAUAUAAACGUAAUAAAUAAAUAAAGAAAUAUAUACAAAAAUAA